AACCGAAUGGAGGAGAGUAAAGCCUUGUUUAGGACCAUCAUCACAUAUCCCUGGUUCCAGAACUCCUCUGUCAUCCUCUUCCUCAACAAAAAGGAUCUAUUGGAGGAGAAGAUCAAUUACUCCCACCUGGUUGACUACUUUCCGGAGUAUGACGGUGAGUGGCCGUCAGGGGCCCGACCACAAAUUCAAUUCCCUCAGGAAGAAUAAAGUUCCCUAAAGCUUUACUAUCCUCUAGGUGUAAUGCUUUAUAACUUGUUAAAAGCAUGCAUGAGCCUUUUAUAAUGUGUUAUAACAAGGCUUGUAAUAUGUUUGUCUCAAACACAGGUCCCCAGAGAGACGCCCAGGCAGGCCGCGAGUUCAUCCUAAAGAUGUUUGUGGACCUGAACCCGGACAGCGACAAGAUCAUCUACUCCCAUUUCACCUGCGCCACGGACACAGAGAACAUCCGCUUCGUCUUUGCCGCCGUCAAAGACACCAUCCUGCAGCUCAACCUGAAGGAGUAUAACCUGGUGUGA